AUGGAAUCAGGCUUCAUGAUGGCAUUAGAUUAUAUGAUCAAUCUUGCAGAAAAGGACCAAGAUGAUAAGCGCAAGUCUCUGUUGGAGGUAAUCAAGGAAACAAUAUUAUCCCAUCUUACCAAAAAAUGCCCCCCACAUGUUCAAGUUGUGGGUUGCUAUGUAGAACCCCUCGGAAAGAAAGCAGACAUGAUUACAUAUGCAUUGAUAAAGGCAGACUGGUCAAAUCUGGAAGCUUUACACAUUCAUAUCAUUUUUGUUGGAGAUAUGAUACCCCUCUCAUCUACAGAGCAGUUCCUAGCUGGUACAUCUUUUUUACUUAUCUUUUCUGCAAAAGACAUGAAUGUCCUUCUCAUCUUUAUUAUCUUUAGUGGGAUAACGUGGUAUCAUGAUUAG